GCUUUCAUUUUUUUUUUUUUUUUUAAUUUUCUUUCUUUUUUUUUUUCCUGCCCUCGCUGAGAGUCAGUGACCGAGCGCGGAGCUGGCGCCUCUAGCCAGAGGGAUCCCACCUCUGAAGGACUUCAGACGGCAGGAGAACGCCGCCUCCGCUUGACUGAAGAGUGUUCGGGUUUUUUUUAAGUUUUUGCCGGAAAAAAACAAAGUGCUCCGAUGGACUCCGCUGCUUCAGACGCUCCUCUUUUCAUGGGUUUUAGGCGUUUGCGCUCAACAGUGAGGUAGACUUUCUUGGGGGACAAAUUUAUAAUUAUUACUAUUUUCCCCCCCCUGAUAUAUCGGUUUGUGAUUUACCUCGUGAAUGCGGCUGUCGGCGUCAAAGCCUUGCAGGAAGAGCCUGUCAUAGGGAAUCAGGAUUUCUCUGCUGCUGCUGCUAAUGCACAUGUGGAUGAGGAAUAUGUCCCCUAAGAUGCUGCUCUUGCUGCAGAUACUGAGCUGUUUGCCCCUAACUGGAGCAGCUCCUUCACUGACCACCGAGCAGCUGGACAUGGGGGUGGACUGGCUGAGUAAGUUUGGCUACCUGCCCCCACCAGAUCCAGUGACUGGCCAGCUUCAGACUAAGGAGGCGCUGACCAGAGCCAUCAAAGCCAUGCAGAAGUUUGGAGGACUAAAGGUGACUGGGCUCCUAGAUCAAGCAACUCUAGGUUUGAUGAAAACGCCCAGAUGCUCCCUGCCUGAUGUAUCGGAAAUGGAUGUAGCAAGCAGGCGCAGAAGAAGAAGCCCAAGCCAACAGAACAAAUGGAAUAAGAGACAUCUGUCUUGGAGAGUGAGGACCUUCCCCAAAGACUCGGCUCUGUUGGGCAGAGACACCGUCCGAGCGCUCAUGUACUACGCCCUGAAAGUCUGGAGCGACAUCGCCCCUCUGAACUUCCACGAGGUGGCCGGAAACGACGCGGACAUUCAGAUCGACUUCACCAAAGCCGACCACAACGACGGAUACCCCUUUGACGGUCCGGGAGGAACGGUGGCACACGCCUUCUUCCCCGGAGAGAGGUUCACAGCGGGAGAUACACACUUUGACGACGACGAGGCGUGGACGUUCAGAUCACCAGAGUCUCACGGGAUGGAUCUGUUCGCAGUGGCAGUCCACGAGUUCGGUCACGCCAUCGGACUCGUGCACACCUCCGCCAUGGAGUCCAUCAUGAGACCGUAUUACCAGGGUCCAGUGGGAGACCCUCUGAAAUAUGACCUGCCCUACGAGGACAAAGUGCGAGUCUGGCAGCUCUACGGUGUUAGAGACUCUGUGUCAUACACAAAUCAGCCUGGCGGCGCCUCCCAGACGCCUGAUCCCCCCGUGCUGCUGGAUCUACCUGACAACAGAUCCACUCCCCUGCUGGUGCAGGACGCCCCAGACAGAUGCACCAGUCGUUUUGAUGCCGUGGCCCAAAUACGGGGGGAGGCCUUCUUUUUCAAAGGGAAAUACUUUUGGAGGCUAACAAGAGAGAAGCACCUGGUGUCUCUGCGUCCGGCUCAGAUCCAUCGCUUCUGGAAGGGUCUUCCUCCAAAUCUGGACAGCGUGGAUGCCGUGUACGAAAGGCCAGGGGACCACAAAAUAGUAUUUUUUAAAGGUUUAAAAUAUUGGGUCUUUAAGGACAACAAUGUGGAGGAGGGUUACCCACGUCCAAUCACUGACUUUGGCUUACCUGUGGAAGCCGUGGACGCAGCCUUUGUGUGGCAGCACAAUGACAAAACCUACUUCUUCAAAGAUAACCAGUUUUGGCGCUACGAUGAUCAUCUGCGGCAUAUGGACAUGGGCUACCCAAAGGACAGCAUACUUUGGAAGGGACUGCCACCCCACCUGGAUGACGCCAUGAGGUGGUCGGAUGGUUCAUCCUAUUUCUUCAAUGGGAAGGAGUACUGGCAGGUGCCGGGCAGCGACAUGGAGGUGGAGGCUGGUUCCCCCCGCCUGAUCGCAAAGGACUGGCUGUUCUGCACGGAGAUGCAGGCGGACUCUCCGGACACAGAGGCCAAAAGCACCGAGACCAGGGUCAACGUGCACCGCCACCCCGACCACGCAGAGAAUGGGUUCGAGGUGUGCUCCUGCACCUCCGACACCGCCUCGCCUGUAGGUGUCCACCCACCCCCGUGCCCCAUGUGGCUACUACCCCCUUUCUGGACGCUCUUGGCUCUCCGCUCUGAGCUGCUAUGAUACUAAAGCAUGGGACUGCGUUUUCCUGCUGGGUUUUAACAGAGACUUUUCCGGGGUCACCCAGCCAAAUCAAACUGGAAGGAGUUCUUCAUAUAUUAUUGAUUUUUCCUUUGUAAUUUAUUUCACACGGUCAUUUCAAGCGCCUGCAGCGUAGCUCUUACAUUCUGUAACCAUUAGCAGGCAUUUCUCCACUGACAGCAGCUACACCAGUGCUGGGCUGUGCAAAUGAAGCUUCACAAAACCACCACUGACUCAUAUCUGACUUUACCAAUGGUCUCCCAUUGACUAGAGGGCUGACUGAAUGGGAAUGUUCCCACAAACUGAGUACAGAAACAUUUGGACACUGACAGGUCCAAUCAUGUUGGAUGAGGGAAUGUUCAUUGCAAUAUCUGAUUCAUUGGAAGAUUUUUCAAACAAACAAUUUACAAAUUAUAUCAUUCUUAUUAUUAAGUUUUGGAAAUAAUGUCCAAAGAAUGUGGACUUCUGGAGGACUUGACCUUCAGCUGUCUUGGCAUGAGUCUUUCUGAUGAUCCGCUGAAAAGCAGCUUGACUGGGUUAAGAUCAAACUCUCUCAGUCUUGAGCCAACUUGGCUGCAGUUUCUCAAAUCACCACUAGAGGCCGUUUCCAACAAGGCCGGUUUUUUCAUUAACUUCAAUGAUUAGACAUAAAAUGUUUUUACAAUUUUUUCAUAUUUAUUGAGUAAUAUUCCAUAGGUAAUUUGAAAUUCUUUUUUAAAUCAGAUGAUUUGAUUUUAUUAGUCUUCAAAUAUGACCCUUUCAUAAGGAAAUGUUUUUUCAUUGGCAGAAGAGUGAACUAAACAAAAGUCUCCCUUCACUUUGUCCAACCCAGUGGCUCAUUUUUGGAAGGUGGGUGGAGUCAAUUCUAGUUUAUGUACCCCUGAUGCAAUUUAGGCUUCUUUUUCAACAUUCAAAAUCCAAUAGAUGGUAUCAGAGGGGAUCAGUCCAGUGUAUUUAAAUCAUUGGAUUGUUGGUCCUUUUGAUCCUGAAAUUGACUUGCAACCUAUUAGAUGCUUUUGCUCAACAGUGGCUGUGAUAGGCUCCAGCAACCCUAUGACCCCCCCCCCCCCCCCCCCCCCCCCCCCAUAGGAACCAAGCAGUACAAUGAUGCAUUUAACACAAGCCUGUUGUUCAAAUGAAUUACAAGUCCCUCCGUUACAAAAGUGUCUUAUUUGGUUUCACGUUUUUUGUUGUUACUUCUGUUCUUGACAGGAGACUGCACAUCCUCAGCUAUUGCUGGCUGUGCUCUAACAAGUGCCAUUUCUUGUUUGUCUUGCCUAAAUUUUAAAAAGAAAUGAAAGGUUGUUCUUCGUUUACCUCACAUCCAAAGAUGGAGAUCAGCUUACAUCUUUAUUGAACAUGAACAGUAGGCUGCUUUGAAAGGCCUGCACUGUUAGUGUCUGAAUGUUUCUGGAUCUGCAUGUUCACAUGGAGCUCCCCAGGGGUUGUUUUUAUGUUUGCAGAAUAAAUGAAUGGCAGCUUAGUAAAACAAAAAGAAUAACACAGAAAAUGUGUAAAGCGUUUCUGUAAGGCAAAAACAACAACAUCCAUUUUUGAAAUAUGGCUUCUUGUUGAGGAGAACAUCCUUAUUUUAAUUCAAGACAAAGAAGCAAGGCUACUGCCUUCAGUAUUUUUUUCUAGUUUUGCUAAAUGUUUUAUUUUUCCUUUUUCUUAUACAGCUUUAGGCUACAAGGUGAAAAGCAUUUCCCCCAAAGUGUCAAAACUACUGCUUAAAAUAGAGACUGACGGGCAAAACUUCCCUUUAGCCUCCAAAGUGGCUCUUCUCUGCCAGCCUGACGCUACUUCCCAGCUUUAGAGAGACUGUACUGGGUAUGAAUCAUGACCAAGGUCAGAGUUUAGGUCUGCCGGUCCAUAAGGAAGAGACAGGACGGUAACUGAGCCGCAUUUAGACUUGGAAGCACAGCAAUCGAUGACAUCCUCUGUUAUCACAGUUUGACAAUUGAAUGACACUCUGGCAGCUAUCUGUGCCGACAGGUGAAGGCGCCCUGAGAUGUCGAGCAGACAGAUAGUUAGCUUUACGGAUGAGUGGCGCCGUGGGAUUCGGACUGGAGGGAUGAAUGGCGUGCUGCAUGUCGGCGGUUGGGCGGGUGGCAUUUAGUCCGGUUGAAGAAAAGAAGACAUGCGACGGGCAAACGGGAAAAUGUCCCUCUGAGACGAGUCGACGUUCCAAUUCAAGCCUCCCGCCUCUGCUUGGGGCCAUUAUCUCUGCUUAAAUUCUUUACCUGGAUGAGGUCACCAUCAAGGCUAUAUCUGAAUUUAAGAGUAGAACUCUUUACCGAUCAGAUAAAGACGAGCUCCUAAUCAAAAUUCUGCCUGCUUGGCUUCGCUUCCAGACUGUGUUUAGUUUCAGAUACACUUUUCGGCCCUCCUGUCGGAGCUUUUCUUUAUAUUUCUUCUCUAAACUUACUGCUCUUGAAUAAUCCUGUCUUCAGGAUGUCCCCCCCCUUCCCCAGCCACUUCUACUUUAUCUGAGUUCAGCUGAUCUACUGAAAAAGAAUCACCCAAUCCUAUAAGGAAGUCUCCCCCACUCUUUGUAAGGAGGGUUUAUCUCCUUCAUUUAUGGUGGCUAACCCAUUCAUUACAGAAUGGAUUUUUUAUUCUACCAAAGACACAUUGAAAAUGUGUUUUAAUUAGCAAAAAAUCAAAGUACUUCUCCGAAAAAAAAUAGUAUUUCUGGUCAUCUUAAAGCUGCGUUCACACCAAAUUGCGUGUCGAGGACGUCCAGUUUUAAUGUUAAGUCAAUGAACAGACGCGAUCAGAGAUCCUGUGAGGCGAUUGCAUCGGUCUGGAUGCAGCACGUUUUGUGCGUUGAGGCUUUAAAAAUCGGAACUUUGGCACAGACGAUGGGCGAAGGGGAGGAGAAUCUGAUUGUAUAAUAUCUGUCUUUUUUUAUUGAGACAACAAUAAAAAAGAUGAUACAUUUUAUUCUUGUUUUUAUUUUUCCCCUCCUCAGACAAUUACUGGACAGCAAGUCAUCAAACUGGGUUACAGAGAGACGGGAGUAGCGCUGAAAAGCGACGGGAUUCAGUCACUGAAUGAUCUCGUGAACCCAGACAUGCAGUCGGGAUUUUGUAGAACUCUUCAAAAUAAGAAAGUCGGAUCUCUCAGUGUUACCGCGUCCUCCAUGCAUCAUAAACAAGAUGCAUGUAGCGAUGGCAGUAGCUCCUCCCUCCCACGUCUGCAGCAUCCGGUUUGUGUGUCAAGCAGCCAAAUUGCUGCGCAUGUUCGAAGAGCAAAUCACAUUCGGUGCGAACGCGGCUUAAUGGAACAAUCGUCCGACAAAUUCCGUUUAUAUUUUCCUGCAGUCGUUCUGCCAUUUAUCUCGAAGAGAAGCCUAAAAUGCAUCUGUGGAACCUCAGACGGAUGUCAUUGCAGGAGGUGAGCUGCAUCGUCAGACUCUUAUCUUUCCUGUCUGAGAUUUUGGUAAGCUUGUUCCAGAGCAGACGGGGAGAAAAAAAACUAUCAGACUGAAGCCAAAAACCAAUGUUGAGUCUGGCUGCAGCGUGUCGAAGGGCUUGAAAAGCGGGGAACGUCUGAAUGUAAAGGCAGAGUUUUGAGGAAGAACAGAGCUGGACCUGAGCGCGCUGAAUUCUGCAAAAAAAUGUUUGAAUCUCAUUUAUCGACAAAUAAUGUAUUGAUCUCCGCUGAUGCAUUCCCUAAUAUUACCUGAUGUAGUAUUGGUUUCCUGUAUUUUAUAUAUAAAUCUAGAUAGAUAGUGAGUUUUUCUUGCUGUUGAUGGCAGCCAACAGUAGUUGAAGCCCCUCUGGAAGGUGUUGAUUGCAGAACUCAGGAGGCAACCAUCAGAUUUCUAACUGUUGCUCACAUAUUUACUUAUCGGUUUCAAUAUAAACACAGAGAUGUUUGGGUCCAGAUGUUCCAUGGUUUUUGCCAACCACAAGGACUGUGUAUAUUUCAAGCUGUGUUUUCUAAUGUAAAAUAUUUUUGUAGAAAAAAAAAAAGAAAUAAAAGAAUCUGAAUGAGA